AGGAAACGUGAACUAUUUUGUAUGCCAAAUCUACAUAUCCCUUUGACUAAAAUCCAAUGUGAUUUGUGGAGGAAAAUAUUUAUCGUACACAGUUGGCGUUUUAAGAAAAUAUUUCUUUUACACACUUGGCGUUUUUAAAACUGUGUUUAUCCCACUUCCUGGUCUUAGCACAAACCCGGAAGUCAGGGUCAGGGAAUCAUCUCAACACACGUCAGGAACGCUAGCUCGGCUUCUUCCAGAAGUUUCUUUCCUGCCUCGGCGGCCCCGGAGACGUCGAGUCACGGUUGACCCCAUUCGACUCGCCAGUUUGACGUACGCUCCCUCAAUCCGGCCGGUUGACACUGGAGUCCUCGUCUUUGGCGUGAAGCGGAAAGCAGUUUCCGCGUCGAGUUUAUUUACCUGCAGCUAGCCGGCAAGCUAGCGGCGUCCAAGUCCAUGCGGGGAGUCUGCGUUCGCUCCACCCGGAAUGUCGAUUUUUUUCCUUGGGGACGCGGGGGAAGAAGUGAGCGGCCGUUGUGAUGGGGAAGGACUACUACAAGGUGCUGGGAAUAGCCAAGGGCUCGUCGGAAGACGAAAUCAAGAAGGCGUACAGAAAGCAGGCCCUCCGCUACCACCCCGACAAGAACAAGUCCGCCUGGGCCGAGGACAAAUUUAAGGAGAUAGCGGAAGCCUACGACGUCCUCAGCGACGCCAAAAAGAAAGACAUUUACGACCGAUAUGGCGAAGAAGGCCUGAAGGGUUCAUCCGGCGGCGGGGCGCACACCGGCUCCACGUACAACUACACCUUCCACGGCGACCCCCACGCCAUGUUCGCCGAGUUUUUCGGCGGCCGCGGCCCCUUCGACCACUUCUUCUCGCAAAACGGCGGCGACGACUGCGCAGACGCCGCCGACCCCUUCGCCGCCUUCGGGAUGGGCGACAUGGGCGGCUUCCACCGGCCCUUCAAGUCCCACCUGGGCGGCCCCCGCGUCGGCCGUGAGAGGCAGAAGGACCCGCCCGUGGUGCACGAGCUGAAGGUGAGCCUGGAGGAGGUCUUCGCCGGCUGCACCAAGAAGAUGAAGAUCUCGCGCAAGAGACUGAACCCCGACGGCCGGACCACGCGCAGCGAGGAUAAGAUUUUAUCCGUGGACAUCAAGCGCGGCUGGAAAGAGGGAACCAAGAUCACCUUCCCCCGCGAGGGCGACGAGACCCCCACUAACAUUCCUGCCGACGUGGUGUUUGUGGUCAAAGACAAGCCUCACCCUGUGUUCAGGAGGGAGGGCUCCGAUAUUAUAUACCCUGCCAAGAUAUCGCUCAGAGACCUUUACAGAUGCCACCUCUGCUGUGCAGGCGGUGUGUGUUGUGGUUAUGAAGUCUACUGCAACAACUGUCGCGAUGUUAUGGCGUUGUGCGGGUGCACGGUCAGCGCACCGACGCUGGACGGCCGCACCAUCACGGUGACGUCGCGGGACGUGGUGAAGCCCGGCACCAAGAAACGCAUCACGGGCGAGGGCCUGCCGCUGUCCAAGUGGCCCAACAAGCGGGGCGACAUGAUCCUCGACUUCUGCGUCAGAUUCCCCGACAAGCUGGGCCAGAACACGCGCGACGCCCUCAGGCAGGUGCUCCCGCCGUGACGCGGGCCGCCGCGCACGGAAGCGGACGCUCGUUCGAACCCCGCCACACUUUGAAACCGGGUCUUAAAAGCACCCGGGACUGCUUUUGCUUGCUGAAGACGAACGUCUCCAAAAAUGUCUUAAACAUCAGGCCAGAGUCGUGACUUUAAUAUUUUUCAUCUUUAUAGGACACUUUUUAUUUGGCUGUGAACAAACACUGGCUGGGUUUGGAACCUUUUGGGUCUUUGGGUUCUUUUACUAGCAACACUUAAAAGUCUGCUGAGUGAAAAUCAAAAAUGGGAGCUUGGACACUAUGAAGGAGGACUGAGGUUGCCCUGACAACAACACACGCACACAAAAAAAAAAGAGAAACAUAUUUCAAAUAUUUCAAGGAAUAUAUUUUAUGCAACUUGGAAACUUUUUUUUUUUUAAUAAUCCGUAAUAUUGCAGUAAAAGUCAAAAUAUUAUUUUCUUCUGUAUGGGUGGAGAUUACACCAAAAACAUUUUACAAAUUUCAGGAAAAAAGGUAAAAAUAAAAACAUAAGCAUAAUUUUAUUGAAAAAAAACCAGGAGAAAAAAGUCAUACUUGAUAUAAUUGAUAAUGCAGCGAUAUUGAUUUUUCUGACAUUCACGCAUUAAAAUGGAAAAAUUUGGGGCUCAAAAGAUAACUGAUUCUCAGUAAAAGUACAUUUUACUUGUCUUUUUUUUUUUUUUUUUUGAAUUUUGUUUUCAGUGACUUUUUUGCGCAAAAAAAAAAAACCCCAACCGGUGUUUGGGGUAGCCCCGCCCACUUCUACCCCCCCCCCGCCCCCCCAUUCAGUGCCAUGGACGGUUGCUGAAUUCAAAUGUCCGUGUGAGCACGGAGGACUGGCAGAGUGUGAAACGCCCGUCUGGGGGUUCGAGUGACGCGGGCGGUUUCAGUUCCACUACCUGAGGUGCUGCUACCCCCCCCC